UUUUUAUACUAAGAUUUUUGGACAUUAAAGAAGUUGUUGCUUUUUACAAAGUGAUAUAAAAAAAAAUUAAAAAGAUGAAAGCUGUGUCUAUUGGUUUAUUAGUAUUUUUGCUAACUUUUUAUUACUCAUCAGCUCAAAAUUUGGUGUUACCUACAGAGGAACUAUUAAAAAAGUAUUUAAAUCUUUCUAAAGAAGAAAUUAUUAAAAAAUGUAGAGAUAAAGAUCCUUGCCUUGUUUCCAAAGCCGAAGGCCUGGAAAAAGCCAAGCAAGAAGCUGGCAAUGAUCUAAUAAACCAUUUAGUAAAUGAAGCAAAAAAGUUACCUUCCGUUACUGAAAAUGAUUGGAAUACUCUUACACAAAAUAAUUGUAUAUCUAAUCCUUUCUUUAUCAAAAGUGUGGAAAUGACAUUUGUAAACGGCGUUGCUUGUCUCUCUCCGGGAGAAAUUCCAAGUUCUGAUGUUGCAAAAAAAGCUCUAAAGGAAUAUGUUGAUAUUUUCUGUUCACGUGUAAAAGAAGCGGCAAAGAAAAAGUUUCAAAGUGUUUAGAAUGGAAAUUAUUGAAACAUCACUGUAAAAAAUUUGGGGAUUUUUCCCUGAGGUUCCUUGUGGAAUAUUCCACAAAUUCACGGGGAAAAGUAUUUUCACUACGAUUUUGGGGAAUUUUCCACAAAUUAGUGAAAUUUUGAACAAACUUGGGGAAAAGUGAUAAAAUAUUAGGGAAUUUUCUACAAAGCGAAGGGGAAAAAAUUUUUCACUACAAUUUUGUGCAAUUUUCCACAUAAUAGUGAAAAUUUCAACAAUAUUAUAGGGAAAUUUGUAUAUAAUUUUAGGGAAUUUUCCACAUAUUAGUAAGAAAAUGUCAUUUUAUGAAAGCUUUGUGGAAUUUUCCCAAAUUUAAUAAAAAUUUCCACAAAGUUGAAAAAACUUUUU